UGUUCCCUUAAACCAAAUUUGUCAUCGGAAUUUCCGUACCCUCUGACUUUUACGGUGUCGUUUCCGAAGAGAGGCGUCGUUUCUUUACUCGAUAGAACAAUGCACUUUGACGAACCUGUGGACACAUCUCUGAGAAUUCUCCCCUUGGGCGGCCAACGGUGUUCGGCUGCCUUCCGCCGUCACGAUAAUUCUCACUUCUCAGUAGUUUGUCCGAUGGAGGAAGCUUCGAAACUACCUUUGCCAGAUUCAUUCCUGCAAUUUCUUGAAGAGAAUGGACUCGACCCUUCUAUCUAUACUGCAACUGAAUCGACUCCGCGUUAUGUUCGGUAUCCUAUGUUGUUGUGUCGAGAAAACAAUGUUGAAUUGUGUUUUGGUUUUAGUUGUUGUUUUUGUUUGCUUAAUCUAUUUGAUAAUGUUUCUGGAAAGGUUGAAACCUGGUUAUGAAGCUCGAAUUCAAGAAAUUGAAGCUGAGAUAAAUUGUAAGCUUGAGAAAGUGGAUUGGUUACCUGGUUUUUAUGCUCUUCCUCCUGAGGUUCAGAUUGCUAACUCGAAGGCAUACCAGGAAGGAAAGAUAUAUGGAAUUGAUGCAGCUUCUGGUGCUGCUGUCUCAGCUUUGAACAUCUCUGUUGGAGAUCAUGUUCUUGAUCUCUGUGCUGCUCCAGGUGCUAAACUUUGCAUGAUGUUGGAUCUUCUUGGUGAUUUUGGUUCUGUAACUGGUGUUGAUAUUGCAAGACAUCGUCUAGCUGCUUGUAGAACAAUGCUGCAGAAAUAUUCUCUGGGUGAUCGAUGCCGACUUUUUGUUGCUGAUGGAACAGCAUUUGCCCUUGUUCCUCAGAGGGUGGACUCAGUUUCUAGUUCAUUUGAAUCUACAUUUGAGGAGAAGGCAGAUAUAUUUGGUGAGUGGACAAAUAGGAGACCAUACAAAGAAAGGAAAAGAGCAGCUAAAGUGAGGGAAGGUGUUGCACUGAAUCAAAAUCCUGAACUUAUUUUUUACGGGCAGCAUUCUGGUAUAAUUGGACUAAGUAAAAGCAAACUAUACAAAACCAUAUCUGAUACUGAAGCUUCAAGUUCUGGGUAUGACAAGGUCCUUGUGGAUGCAGAAUGCACUCAUGAUGGGUCAAUUAGACAUAUACAAAAGUUUGAACACUGGGGCUGGAAAACUCUUCAACGCCGCGUAUUAGAUGCUGAGAGAACUGAUAGCUUGACUUUUCUUCAGCUAAAGCUGUUAAGGAAUGGUUUUCGAUUGCUGAAAGUUGGGGGCACACUUGUCUAUAGCACUUGCAGCUUGACAGUUGCUCAGAAUGAAGAUAUAGUAGAGCAGUUUCUCAGCGAAAAUGCCUCUGCAGAAUUGCAAGAGAUAAAUGAAUCCAGAAAUUGGCCGUGCAAGAGCGGGCAGAUACCUAAGACCCUUCGUUUUGAUCCCUUAACAUCACAGACUAGUGGACUUUUUGUAGCCAAGUUCACCAAAUUGGCAUCUUGAAAAUCUUUGGUUUCAGUGGUUCUUUUCAUCUUUGCACAAGAAUUUAGCUUCCUCCUGCGAGACUAAAAGCUCUGGUUAUUCUGAAGAGUUGUUUCCUUUGCAAUGUUUCAUCCGUCCGGAUUACAAACAAUAUUGUUUCAUAAUUCAUCAAAUCGUUACAAAAAUAGGUUCUGUCUUGUUUAGAAAAUCUACCGUUCAAGGAGCAAGUAACCAUAAUGAUUUGCUCAUGAUGUUUUUGAAAAUGAUUAGUAAAUGGAUGCAUUUAUUCAUUUAAGAACAUGUAUCGUAAUUGUCAACAAACCAAAUGAUAAAUUUUCAUUAAAUUG